UCUAAGUCACUCAGGUUGGAGCCACGAGUCGCUUCUCUCCGCCUCUUUUCUACCAAAGCUACUUUUUAUUCGGCUCCUGCGCCUUUAAGACGGCGGUAAUCCACAUCAUGUCGCCCCCGCUGCAUCUGGAGGUACACGCUUUGAAAGUUAGACCGGGGAAUUAGCGCUAACACUAGGGGACCACCGCCGGGCAACACGAGGCGGGGAAAGACGUGGGGGUUUGGGAGAGAUUGGACGGCAGCUUUGCGUGGGAGGGGUCCGCCGAUCACAACAAAGGGACACAUGAUGAGUGGACGGCUGUAGAAAUGGGCAAGAGAGGAAGGUGAUGGUGCAGCUUGUCCACACUUUCCCCGGCCGACCAUGCUGCCUGCACCCCGGACGCUGCUCUUCCUCUUUGUGACUCUGCUGGUGCUGCUCCUUAUCCUGGAUGAUAUCUCACAAGUGGAAGAAGAAGCUGCAAAGACUGGACAAUCCAAGAUGAACCUGCACCGGCUCAUCCCCAAACCCCAAAGAAAGACAACGGUACGCAUUGAAAGCACUUCACUGCCAAGACUUGGUAUAAUAAAUCCUGCGCAUCCGAGCUACAACAACAGUGCCAAGCUCCCCUCAUCCAUCUGGAUCUUCAACAAGACCCUCUCCAACCUCAUCAGGAAGAACAUUCUACGAUUCCUCGACCCGGAGAGAGACAUCUCGAUCCUUAAGGGCUCUCUGAAACCUGGCGAUGUCGUCCACUAUGUGUUUGACCGCCACAGCACCACAAACAUCUCAGAGAAUCUCUACCGUCUUUUGCCAACCGUGUCGCCAAUGAAGAACCAGCACCACCGGCUGUGCGCCAUCGUAGGAAACUCUGGCAUCCUGCUCAACAGCAGCUGUGGCCCGCAGAUCGACUCUCAUGACUUUGUCAUCAGGUGCAACCUGGCACCAGUGGAGGAAUACUCCGACGACGUAGGCCGUAGGACCAACUUGGUGACCAUGAACCCUUCAGUGGUGCAGCGGGCCUUCCAGGACCUUGUGGACGACGAGUGGAGGCAGCGCUUCCUGCGGCGACUUCAGAGCCUCAGCGGCAGCGUGCUGUGGAUCCCUGCCUUCAUGGCCAAGGGGGGAGAGGAGCGCGUGGAGUGGGCCCUGCGCCUCAUCCGGCAGCACACCGUGGACGUACGCACUGCUUUCCCCUCACUGCGCUUGCUCCACGCCGUCAGAGGGUACUGGCUGACCAAUAACGUCCACAUCAAGCGCCCCACCACGGGUCUCCUGAUGUACACCAUGGCUACCCGCUUCUGUCAGGAAAUCCAUCUUUACGGCUUCUGGCCAUUCCCCCACGACCCGCAGGGCAAAGCGGUAAAGUACCACUACUACGACGCUUUAAAAUACGAGUACACCUCCAGCUCCAGUCCCCACACCAUGCCUCUGGAGUUUAGGACACUGAGCGCUCUGCACCGACGGGGGGCGCUGCGGCUUCACACUGGGAGCUGUGACGCAGAGAGCGGACAGCAGAAAGAGCUGCAAAGCAAAUAGCUAAGUGGAAUAUCUCUGUGGAAACACUUCCUGGUCUAACCGCACUUUCAGCAUUCCUUUAUACAACUUGGGGUUAUGCAUUUUCUUUAAAGGCACUGGCAUUUUUCUAUGUCUGCCUUGUUAAAAAGUUGCCAACACAAUUAGCUCUCGCAAGGAGAGUUCAUUUUGACGAUUUUUGGGCUACAAAUCGAAUACUCAAAUUGGUAUUCCUACUCUCACAGGGUUAAAUCAUGUGUUCAUGUCCUUGUUACCUAAGAGGUGAAACGAGAAAAAAAAGGCAGAAUGUAGUAUUGUACUGAGCCCCAUGAGACGUGAAGUGGGCACAAUGUGGGAGUGUAGCAGCUGUUCACACAGGCCUGUUUGCACAGACGUUGCCAAUAGUUAGUCAAGAACACCAGCUCUUCCUCUACUGGAGGUUAGAAUGUCAUUUCUUAUGAAUGUAUAAAAGGUCUAUAUUCUUAGAAAUGUAAAAAAAGACGUUGUCCUCAAAUGUGCUUUAAAUAAAUUCCCCUAAACACUCUUUUAAAGGGGAUGUUUGCAACAUUACCGCGGCUGCUUAGAGGGUGCUAACUUUCAUUAUAUCCCGUCCUCUUUUGACUUGAACACGCCCUACGGAACACAUGUGAACAUAAAUUAGCUUUGAUUGGUAGUUUGGCCUAUAACUUUGGCUAUUUUUAAAUGCAUAGCCUAUUGUAACGACAAAAAUGACGGCAAAUUGUCAGCUGCUUUUUUUGAAAUUUUUACUCUACAUAAUUAUUAGUUAAUAAUAAUAUUAAUAAUAAUAUAUUUUAUUUAUAAGGCGCCUUUCUGGGCACUCAAGGACACCAUACAAAAUCACAACAAUAAAAUCAAAUUGGAUAAAAAAAACAACAACAACAAAGAGAAAAGAAAAGAUGAUUACCGUACAAUGAAUAAGCAGUCAGGAAUAGGUGUGUUUUGAGUCUUGAUUUGAAGAGGGAUAUUGACUAUAAGUUGCAAAGGUCUGGUGGUAAAGAGUUCCAAAGAUGUGGGUCAGAGCGUCUGAAAGCUCGGGCACCCAUGGUGGACAGUUUAAAUAAAGGGACAGUGAGAUGGAUGGAUGAAGAGGAUCUUAGGGAACGUGAGGGCGUGGCGACAUGGAUCAGGACAGAGAGAUAUGAUGGAGAGAGGUUAUGAAUGGCUUUGAAAGUGAGGAGAAUUAUUUUAAAGGAUGUAACGAUCAACGGUAAUAAUGAUGAUCGCAGUAGAACUCCCGAUAAUUAGUAUUACUGAUUUGAAUUUAAAUUAAUAUUUAUUAUAUGUAUUGUUAUUCAACUAUUAUUAUUAUUGAUAACUGCAUUUUCUUUAACUCGCGCCAACUUGCUAGCUUACAUGCUAAAAAUGAAAAUAAGAGACAUUAACGUCUUUCCCUAUUUGACAUACCCCAAUCUAAACGUAUAUGCUCUCUUAAAACAGAGUGAUUGUUUUAUACUCAGAGAAAUAAGAGACUGAGAUGUUUUUAUGGUGCAUUCAAAGACCGCUGAACAAAAAGUAGGACACAACUUCCACCAGAAAUAAUAAGUACUAGAUUUUAUUUGUUAGGCACUUUUCAUUUAAAUAUAUCUUAAAGUGCUGCAGCACAAAAACGAUAUUUAAAACAAUAAAAGUUUAGAAAGAAACACAAAACAUGCAAAAUAGGGUUUUUUCUAAGUGUGUCCAUUUUAGUUAUUGAAAAAAAUAACUUGGUCAAAAGAUAUCAGUGUGUAUAAGUACUGUUUGAGCACAUUCAACAAUACGCUAUAAUAUUGAUAACCGUGAUCACUUUGGUCACGAUAACCGUGAUACGAAAUGUUCAUAUUGUUACAUCCCUAUAACAGUAAUUGUGAAAAUUAGACACAUAAAAAUGAUAUAUGUUCCGUUAAACCACUAAUGGUAACAUAAGUUAGCUGCUGGUGUCCUUGUUAUAUUUUUUUGGUUUGAAAAAUUUAACUUUCAGCAAGUUGCAAACAGCUCCUUAACUAAUAAGUAUUUGGAUAUUGUGCCUAUUAUAAGCAAUAUACAUUAUUUAUACAAGUAAUCUAUAAAGGGAACCAUAGUGAUAAGGUUAAAAAAGGAAUACAAUAUUUAAGCAAGAAAAAAGUAGCAAUUUUACACAAAUACUAAUAUACUGUACAUAAAUAAAUCAUUAUUACUAGUAAAAAGAUUUUUUUUUACAUUAAUUUGGGGGAAAUAAUCAUACAUUAAUACUUUUGAAAUAUUACAUGAAAACAUAGUUUUUAGGGAUGCAUGUUUUUUUCUCACACCGAUACUGAUAUUUGCUUCUUCUUAAAACCGAUACCGAUAACAUAUUUAUAUCUAUAAUUUUUUUCAAUUCAGAUUUAAGCGUAAUUUGCGAAAGACUUAUGAUUUGCCCUGACAAAAGUUAGUAUCUCAAACGGUGGCAAAGGGCUGGUCGUCCAACAUUCUCACAGAUCUCUUGAGCCCGCGGGUCGUCUCAAACUUUUUGCACUUUUCAAACGCCAGCUUUCAAAACCCUGUCGUAGCGAUACUGGCAUUUCAGGUGGCUGAUAAGGUUUGAUGUGUUGAAGCUAAAUGUUUUUUUCCCUCUUGGCGAAAUGGUUGCAGAACAUUUGAUUCAAAUAGCACGCGUAGAGUUUUUCUCAAAAAGAGUGAAGAUGUCCCACACAAUCGACGACAUGUUUGUUUACAAUGAGCUCAGGGGAAGUGUACGACUGGCAGAUUACAGCAAUGCAAAUAGUAAAAAAAAAAGUAGCGCUUCACUUGCUCACCAUAACCCACUUAUAGCACAGUACAAGUAAUCUCGCCUCUUUAGUAAUUUGUACAAUUUUUUUAUUCUGAUAUAUGUAUGGUGUCAUCAUUCCUCAUGUCAUAUUGUGUAGCCCUAAUAGGAAUGAGCUUUGAGGAAAAUAGUUUUAAUAGAAUAAAGUUGCAUUUUAAAAUAAUGUAAUAUAUUAUGAGGAAAAAGUCAUAGUAUUACAGGAAUAAAGGUGUGAUUUUGCAAAAAUGUUUUUUUUUAUCUUACAAGAAUUGUUUUCAUCAAAGAUAAGUCAGAAUAUUAUAUAGUAUGCCCCAAUUACGGUUUAUUUUUGGUACUGUAGAAAAAAAUGUAAAAUGUUUUGAUUUUCCAAAAAGAAACGAAACCUAAAAAUUAAAAUCUGACUAACAAACUCCUAAAAAUAUACGCAUCUAUUUUUGAAAAUCUCAUCAUACAGAAAAACGUUCAUGAGAUUACUUUUUUUUUUUUAAUUAAAUACAAACGUGUUAAUAUUACAAGAAUAAAGUCAAAACAUGACAAGAAUAAACAUGUAUUUUUUGUGAGCAAUAAGUCAAUAUUACAAGAAUAAAUUCCCAAAAGUACAUUUUAAAAAUUUGUUUUGCUGCGCUAUGACGUACAAUUACGACUUCUGACAUUUAUUUCCCUUUUCAGUGUCAUUCUAAUACUGCUUUUAUAUGUUUAGAAAUUAGUAUUUCUGAUUCUUACUUGAAACUCGCAGUCCAAAAACGGACGUGGAAGAAGAACAUAAACUUCUUGUAUGUAGCUGUGACUGUAAGGAUUAAGCUUAAUUAUAAUGGAGUUGUAUCGCUUUUUUAUCAUCUUAGGGUUAGCUUUCAUUUGUUGGUUGUCUUCAAGUAAAGCACUUUCUUAGCUCAUUUUGCAAGGUAAUGUAUGUGCAUAAACGUUAGUAAAAUAUUCAAUUAAUGCUGAAGCCUCUGGUGAACCUCCUGUCAUGUGACGAGUACGUAUUAUAGAAGUGUUGUGACAGGGUGGGCCUGUUGAGUCCCACAUUGCCUCAAAGCACUGCCUAUUAAGUUAGGAAUAGACAUGAACGUUGUUCAAAGGACGUCAACAGUCUGAGGCUGAUGAAUGACUUUUUUUGUGGAAAGCUACAGUUCUCUUAGUGACUUACUGUUGCUUUUUCUUUCUCCAUAUUGUCCUAAUUCCAUCCAUCUU